UGGAAAAAGGAAUAGGCACAAAAACAAAGUAGUGAAAAUACAAAGUUUUUUUUGAGUCCUCAGUCCUGUGACAGGAGGAAGUUAAGUCAUAGAAUGAGCAUCCAUUCGAAGCCUGAGGAUCUGGAGGUCAAAGCGAAUGUCUUGGUCAAUGGAAACGAUACGGAAUUCCUCUGCUAGCCAUGUAGAUGCAGUGUAGAUACCCGGAAGAAGAUACAGAUACAGAUACACACACCGCUAGAAGAGCACUCCGCUGCACAAUCCGUCGCCAUGAAGGUGUUCCGGCUGCGUCUGGUGAAGGUCGUCCUGCUGGGUUUCCUGCUGGCCAACCUGAUCUUCUUCUACUACACCUGGAACACGCUGCUCUGGCGUCGCAUUAGCAGAGCCCUCUCCGGUGAGUCGGCCGCCGCGGAGGAGCCGGAGCCCCCGAAAGCGGCCAAGCUGUCGCCGAAGGACAAGCUGCGCAAUGCCAACAAGCACAUCCGGAAGUCCAUCACAAUCGUGUUCUACGGCCACUACAAUUUCGAGCAGGAUCUGCGGGCGAGCAUCGAUAGUAUCUUGGAUGUGAUACCCAACAUGCCCAUUCUAGUGCUCCAGGAAGGCGGAUCAGACUACGCUUAUCCGCCGGUUGGUUACGAGCGGAAUUUGACCGCCGGAGAGGAGCACACCGUGAUGUUCCAGAGCCUGGCCUUCGACGUGCGACGCACGCGGCAGGAACUGAAUCCGCUGGCCGCCAUCCGCACCAAGUAUGCCCUCCUCAUGCCGGACAGUGUGCGCCUGAGUAGCAAGAACCUGUUGCAAAAGAUCCUGCGCGAGAUUAACUCCCUGGGAUUGCCAGGACAACCGAAGGAGCAACGUCCUCCCGUUCCGCCGGAGGAGAUGGUGCGCCGCAUGGUGCUGGUGCCAUUUGCAGGCAACCUCAAGUCCUUCAGCAGCUGCGUCAGAAUGACCAUGGAUCUGCCCAAUUGGACGCUGGAACUGGUGGCCACCAACGACAGUCGGCGGUGUGAUUUAUUCCUUCAGAAGCACGCCAUCCUGCUAGAUGUGGCCGCUCUGGGCUCCAUGCCCGAGCCCUUCACUCUGCCCUUUCCGGAGAUGCUCUAUAUGCAGGCCAAGAUUGCCAAUCUGUCGACCACGGUGUUCCCCCAAGCGUUUCAAGAGGGAAGACGGCUGUUCGCCUCCUUUCACACCAAGCAGCGGAGGAUGGAGUUGCGGCGCCGGCAGUUCCGGGAGAUGUACAAAAAGCUACAGAUCAAGCGGAUCGUGCGACGGGCGUACAGGGUUCCCGGCAAGGCGCAAGCGAGAGAUGUGUGGGGCCAGGGUCAUGGCCUGGUACUAGAUGGCCAGUUCUCCUCCUCCAAUACCUCGCUGCCCCUGAUCACCGACAUCGAUCUGUUCGGCUGCGAACGGACCACCAAGUCCUGCAUCGGAACUGUGUACGGCGGAAGGCCGUUUUACUCUUACCUGGACAAACACACCCCACCUUGCUGUCUGGACAAGCUGCGGACAACGUUUAACCACGUUCUGGAGGAGUUCGAGAACGUGGGCAUCCGCUACUGGCUGGACAAUCGGGCGCUCCAGAGCGCCAUUGAGACGAAUCACCUAUCGCCGGACGCCUACGAUAUUGACAUUAGCUUCAAUGUUCAGGACCUAGAGAGAUCCAAUGCGAUGAAAAAGUCACAGAGCAAGCCGUAUGUGGAUAACGAGGGCUUCUACUGGAUCAAGGCCACUGAUGGCCACUACUUUCGCGUGCAGUUCUCCAAGCCCAACCAGGUGGGCGUCAAUCUGCUGCCCUACGAGAUCAGUGGAACGGAGGCUCGGGCCAAUGGGUUCUUUGGCUGGAAGGCGACUACCUUCUCGGCCGAUUUUCUGCAUCCCAUGUCCACGGUUCUGUUUUUGGGCAAGAGCGUCAUGUGCCCGAACAAUGUUCUCGAAUAUCUGGAGGCAAAGCACAUCAGAGUCAAGUCAGCUGAUCUGGAUGCGGAGGAGGAAUAAGCUGGACUGGACUAGAACCAAAGGCUAUAUAACGAAUAAGAUGCGUAACGCCAUAACUUUUCACAAAUAAUUUUAGAUCAUUCAAACUAGUUCUGUUUUUAGAUCUAUUUGUAUGCCCGUUAUGCAUCUUAUUCAUUAUUCAGUCUUUACUCUAACGAUGCAUAAACCUGUAAAGAAACCGUGAAAAGCUGAAAAUUAGAUGUAUUGUUUCCGAUAAUCUAUUACCAGAUUAUUAUCUGUGUUGAUAUCCGAAAGUGUUUUAAUCCAAUCAAAGCCCAAAGAAGACUAUCUUCGGGCCUUUGUGAUUGAAGAUCUCUCAGUCCAGCAAUUGUUUUGUUCAACGCCAGACCUUAAGACGGAUUUGACUACUGUUUAAUUAAAUUUGUAUUUGAUUUUCCUAGCGCAGAUAUAUAAUAUUAUACAAUUUUGUGAUCUUUUACAUUGCUUCUAAGUUCCUUAAGUUGGUUGACCUCAACCGCACGUUGAUAGCAAAUUUUUUUAGAUUUAUAGGAGCAUAACAUUAACAUAAGACGGAUGAACUACGAUUCUUUUAGAACCAGCAGAUCUAUAUGUGUAAAAUAUAAUACAUACAAUCAGA